CCCCGCAGGCCGCUGUCCCCGGUGGGCCGCCGCCCUCUCCCCUCCUUCCCAGCUCGGUGGGGGCGAGCGGCCAGGGUCGGAGCUCGGCCCGCUUGGGUCGGGGCGGCUGAAGGGGCAAGGAAGCGGAGCCGCGGGCCUCGGGGAGCCGGGAAGGCCCGGAGCUCCGUCUGGCGGGAGCGGGGCAGAGAAACAAGCGACAAAAUAGCCCGCGCUUUCUGCUCACGGAAUCGCAGAGCCCGCGGGUUGGCCGUCGAGUCGUGGGGAACCAAGAAAGGGCACCGUUUCCACGCUGCAGGGAAAGGUGCUGCCAGAGUUUUAGGAGGAGACGUCAUAAAAGAUGGUAGGAUGAGCCCUUGCCUAACUCUUAAUAAAUGACAUACAGCGCAAGUAGAGGUGAAGACACUUGCAACUUUUCUGAGGCCAGGAUUGUAUCUCCCACAACAAAUUGUUUGCGUGUCUUCCCUCAGGAUGUAAUCUUCACACCAGGCCUAGAAGAUGUUGUAGCAAUAAUGAUUCCUGAACCCAAAGGAAAAGAGAUAGUGAGCCUCCUGGAGAGGAACAUUACUGUGAUGAUGUACAUAACCAUCGGGACACGCAACUUGCAGAAGUAUGUCAGCCGGACCUCUGUGGUGUUCGUCUCCAUCUCCUUCAUUGUGCUGAUGAUCAUCUCACUGGCGUGGCUGGUCUUCUAUUACAUCCAGCGAUUCCGCUACGCAAAUGCCAGAGACAGAAAUCAGCGCCGGCUUGGAGAUGCUGCAAAGAAAGCAAUCAGCAAGCUACAAGUCAGAACAAUCAGGAAAGGUGAUAAGGAAACUGAGCCAGACUUUGAUAACUGUGCUGUUUGUAUUGAAGGCUACAAGCCCAAUGAUGUUGUCAGAAUUUUGCCUUGCAGGCAUCUUUUCCACAAGUCCUGUGUAGACCCCUGGCUGCUAGACCAUCGUACCUGCCCAAUGUGUAAAAUGAAUAUUCUAAAAGCUCUAGGGAUCCCGCCAAAUGCAGAUUGCAUGGAUGAUAUACCUCCGGACUUGGAAGCAUCCAUAGGAGGACCACCAACCAACCAGAUAACGGGAGCCAGCGAUAUAACAGUGAACGAGAGCUCCGUAGCCCUGGAUCCCCCGGUGCGGACUGUGGGGGUACUACAAGUCAUCCAAGAUGUAGACUCCUUUCCCCAGGUCGGGGAAGGUAACUUCACAACAAGCAAUGAACAGGAGCCAGCAGUCAGCAGUGAUUCAGACAUUUCAUUGAUUAUGGCAAUGGAAGUUGGACUGUCCGAUGUGGAGCUUUCCACUGAUCAAGACUGCGAAGAGGUGAAGUCUUGAAAAACAGAGAUCCAACACUAAACUACAGGGGAGGGUCACAGGGAGGGACCGAGUCAGCUUUUUAGGAUUUGGACCAGUCAUGCACAUGCCUCCAGAGCACUGUCACUCCUGCACACUCCAUUCUGAGAUGGUCACGAAAAGCAAUAGCAACAGUUGUGUCUGCCUGGAUGCGGUUUCAUCAUCUACAUACGUUCGUUUUGUUCACAUGGGAGAUGAACGCUUCCGGUUUACCCACGUGCUUGAGAGCAGUCAUGUAACUCUUCAGUGGCUCAUAAAUACACAACUGAAAUGACAGCUUGAGUGUUUUCUACACUUGUUUGGUCGGGUUUUGUUUCUUUUUUUUUGAAAAGACAUACAUCUGUUAUGUUUGUUUAUCAUUUGUUAUGGAUGGACACUCUGUUUUUGUUGACUGACCCCAGCUUUUUCAAGAGUUCAAUCCAGAAAUCUGAAUUUCCUGUUCACUGGUCACUCCAGGAUUUAUCAUUGCCAUGUCAUUUCUGCAUGAAGUACACAUGGCUUCAGAAGGAUGGUGCACCAACACCCUGCAUUAAUGUGAAGCCUGCUUUCACUAAGUGGGAGCCUUGGAAAUGGUAUAUUCUGAAGGUCUUUACUUGUAAGAGAGCUCUGAAUUAACAGAGAUUGCUGAGAUUUGGGUGAAAACUGCAUUAUGUUGGCUUUUACUUAAAGCUCUGUUCUAGACAAGAAUCGUACAGUGUGAAAGAGAGAAAGAAAAGCUUAAAGCUUCACUCCGUCCUUGUUUUUUUUUUUUUUUUUUUUUUGCUCUCAGCAGUUGUCAGUACGUUAAUGGCCUUCCUUCAAGUCAAAAGUCAGUAGCUGGAAGAGAAGAUCUAGUAUAACAUCAUGCCUUUUCUUAAUUUUACCAACCAAAAUCUGACUGGUAGGCUAAAGGACUGUCUGAGAGGUUUCCAGAAGCUGCUUGUUAACAGCUGUGCAUUAUGCGGGUGACAAGAAUAUUCUUAGGAAGGGUCUGGAGAUGCUGAUAUCAGUGUCAGAAAGUGCUAAUGAAGCAGGAGGCAGCUGGGUUGAAAUGUUUACUAAUUGAUUUGGUUUUGGUUUUUUUCUUAGGGCAUUUCACUUCUUACAUUUUGAGGGCAGUUUUUGCUGAGUUCAGGUGGUUAGUUGCCCUCCAGAGACCCUGUCAACAUUGUCGCACACAUAAUGGAAUACUUGCAAUUUGUAUAUAAAUACAUAUAUACCAAAAUAUUUUGGGUGGAGGGGAGGGAAUUCGAAAAUAAACAGAACUAACAGAAAUCCAUACACCUAAAUAAUAAUGACCAGUGAUGAUUAUUUAGUUCAUCCUGAGCUCUGCUUUCCAGGGAAAAGCUUCUCCUGACUCGUUCAGUGUACGAUUUCAUUUUUCAGUCAAAAUACUCAACUGUGAAGAAGCAUUUUUAGCUUACUGUUAUACAAGAGUAAAUGGUUUCUGUUGACAGUCAGAUGAUUUGAAUCACAUUACUGCCUCCUGAGUAAGUCCAUAGAAUCAACAAUUCAUCUUGCAUUGAGAUCUCAUGGAAAGGUCAAACAUUUUGGCUUUCUGGUGCAUGGCAGCAUCUCAAAAUGCACCUAUUAGGAUUCUUGCUGCAUUUAAUCUCCUUGUGGAUUUACUUGUUGGAUGUGGAAACCAACUUCCAGCCAAAAUUCAGUUUGUCAGAUCUGAUUUGGGAACAAAUGUGUUUAGAACUACCCCUAAAAUUUUGUCCCACCUGCUUCCUCUGUACAGGGAGAAGGAAAAUUAUACUCCAUGCUUUUCAGUCCAUAGAACUCGGUUCAUUUUAUGAACUGAAGUUCAUUUAGCUUAAUUUUUUUUAUGUUCUUAGUCCCUAAAUUGAAGGGUAACUUUGAGGCAAAGGAGCACAGCCUAAUCAUCCUUCAAAACGGUGAUCCGGAAAUGUGCCAUUACAGUUUUACAAGCCAUUUGAAAUGAUGUCUCUUUUAAAUUAAAGAGAUACAGGCAGAUGGAAAUCUACUAGGUUUAAAAAAGAAAGUUAGAGAUCCGUCCAGAGGGCCUAGCUAGGUCAGUCUUGCCAAUAUUUGUGGUUCUGUAAUCGUAUUUUCCUUAUGCUUUAAUGUCUUCUCUAGCCCGUGAUGCUAUGGGAAAGGCCCACAGCGUCAGGGGAACCAAUGCUGAAAUUCACCCCUACACAAGGGAAUUUGCACAAGGUACCGCAUCAGCUCCGCUUAAGCUCUGGAAAUAAUGCUGAAAUAGGAUUUAAGUGGUGCUUACACCAAAUUCUGGCCCUUCACUCAGGAAUGAAAUUCAUCUCAAAUGAUUGCAGGGGAAAGAGUGAAGCUGGUUAUACGCAGUCAGGUCUCCCUAUGGAAAGUACACACACUGGUACAAUUUCCUCUCAGUGUCCUCAGUGCUGGAGCCUGGGUGCUACAAGUCACAGGAACAUCACAAACACGAUGUCUGAGUUGUCAGCGAUCCUUUAACAUCUGCCCACCACAGCCCAGCACACAGACAAAAAACCUCCUGGUUGAACUGUUUGGAUUUCAGAGGAGCCAUCGCAAAGUGUUUGUUUUAUUUCACAAACUUAAUUAAAUUAAUCUCAAUGGAUAGAUUGAACAAUUAUCUGUUGCCAUAGCGAAGUCACCCACAGCACAGCCGAGCAAACGAGGUCUGUGGAAAAGCAAGGCAGGAGGUAGAACUCCCAGCUGAUACUGAACUUUGCCCAGCAAAAUCAUUAAAAGGAGCUGUGCUCAAAGGGGAACUGAGACCCUGCCCAUUUUUCUAGGAGCUCGUGGAUGAUUUCAGAGAGGGAUCACACUCUGUAUGCUCUUUUCCUAAGUAUCCCAUAGUAGAUGUGGUCCCUUGGGGACCACAGGUGGCAGAGGCAGGGUGCUAGGCUGGGUGAGACGUUUUUACAUGUCGCCAUACUGUGGUCUUUCAAAAGAGGCAUCCUAGCAAAUCUAGGUCAGGAGUCUUUCUGCUUUUGUUUUCCCAGUCCUACCUGCAGUUUUGCUCAGGAAAGAUGUUUUUCCAUCCCUGUCCUCAGGUAGUCUAUAGCUCUGAGCACUGUUAAGUGAUAAUGAGUACAAAGCCAGGUUAGACAUCACUGGAGCCAGAACUUAGGAAAGCACUUAAGUAAGUGUUUUAUUCGUCCUUUUUCAGAAAAGCACUUAUGACUAAUUUUGGACUUGUACCAAAAUCACAUUAUUUUCAACAGGUCUUCUAUGAGCAUAGUUAUAUCCCUGUGUCAAAUGGAAAUGUUUUCCUAAAGCAGGACCUGGCUGACAAUAUUCUUUAUAUAUAUAUUCUUUAUAUAUAUAAAAUCUGUGAAAUGCCUUGGGAAUUUGAGGUGCUUCAUAAAUAUGAAGACCCGCAGAUGUAUGUUUGUAACACAUGUGAAAGCCUUAAUUCUGCAGAUCUGCAUACCCACGCACAUUUUUGCUUACGUGAGUCUCUCCACUGAGGUUCCUCACAGGGUAGAAUUAAAGCUCCCGAUUUGCAGCUUUGGGCAAGAUUAGUCCCAUCCAGAGCAUUGUGUGACUCCUCGGUACGGCUGCCCGCUAAGCUCACUCUCUGGCAUUAUGUGGGAUUCAGAUGCCGGGGAUUCAGCACUUCGUGUUCAGAAGGGAGCGCAGCCUCUAGCAUGCAGCCGGGAAAAAAAAAUCCUCUGGUGCCCUCUGACGAACAAGUGCUCAUGCACAUAAUUCUGCAGGCUUGUGCCAUGGCAGAGGGGCACCUCCUGCCCAGGGCCAGCAGCCAGAGGACGGUGCAGCUCUCUGAGAAAGGUGCUCUUGUCAUUAAGCUGAUGUUGUGUCUCUCCGAGCUCUUCCUGUCCUGUCAUCUGAGGCUCUUUUCUUUUCCGUGAGCGAGUAGUAGGUGGGAGAAGCAUUCGCCUUAGUGAGGCUCAUCUUCGCUUGGGCUGGGUUGCAGGAUGAAGCUUGGUCAGAGACCGCGCUCUGAGUAUCCUUUGAUUUUCAUGGGUUUACUAAACUGCUCUCCCAAGGGUCUGUUCAAUAGGUAAGACACAUAGAAAGUUCUAUCGGCAGAAUUUUGCACUCACCCAACCUCAUGCAUGCGUGCAGACGUGCAAGGCACAAGCUCUGCAUCUCUUCCCCACAGCUGACCCAUCCUGGUGGGGGUACAGAUCUGGCACUUGCUUGGCAGUUUGGAGUUUUUUUAUUUUCUGACUCGUUUAGAGCCUUAAAACCAGAAUCAGGACAAUCAUAGCACUGCAGUUCAUUCUUUAAGCAUUCUGGAGAAUUAAAUUGCUGUGCAUGCAUAUAAAAGUACUUUGAUAUGACUAUGGAAACUGUAUUGUAGUGAAAACAGAAGCAGCUGCCAUUUUUAGACUUUUUAUAUGAGGGACAUUGUGGCACUAAACAAGAAGGCUUUGUAGAGGAAAUUUGAAAAAAAUAUAUUGAAAUCACAUAUGGUAAGAGGCCCCUCAGAUCUCACUACUUUAAUGACCCCUGGAUCAGAUCCAGAGGAAGUCAUUGCAAGAAGGGCAGUACUUUGUCUCUUGUUGAAUGACUCGUUUGGGAUACAUUCUUAUUUUGUUAACAAAAUACAGCCCAUAACCAGAGACAGAUCCAGCUCUGAAUUUAAUGUCAGAGAACACGCAUUUUGCGAUCCAAAGUUUUUGUUGAUAAACCUGUUAACCUACCCUCUUUUCCCCCUUGCUAAAUAAAAAGCAAUUCUUGUCCAGUUUGAAAAAUGCCUAGCUCUGAAGACCUUUCCGUGUGGACGGGUUGCCCUGGCAGGUAUCUGCAGAUCACUUAACACUUCUAUGAUAACUUCUAGUCAUCAGUAAAGCAUAGUUACAGAUUUUCCAUAAACUGUGUUUUAUUUGCUGUUCUUGUUAAACCUGGAGCACAGUCAUUAUAUAGAUUUUCCAGAGGUUUGCCUUACAGACUUUUUCCUUUGAAUAAAUGCCACAGCCCUUUGAGUGCGUUCUGUGAUUAGAAGGCAAAGAUCAGGGCACAUCUUUAUAUAUAAAACUCUGGACUGCAAGUCCUUGUUGUGACAACUAGUCCGUACUGAAAUGACGAUAAGAGGUUGUGCAUAACAGCGGGAAAUGCCUUUCAGCCCAGGCAGCUGGGAAUCUCCUAGGCUUUGUUUGUAAGAGGCUCAUGCCUCUGUGAUCUCUUGUCUGUCAAAAAGCUCAUGGCCAAGCAUAUGGUUUGAAAUAAGCCAGGAAUAGGAAUUUAUAGGCUGUGCAAACCAAGAAAACCAAUAGUUAUUUAUUAAUUUCUAUUCUUUAGCAAUAAUGGACAUUUUUAACUGUUUGUUGUUCUCAUAGGUCCCUGUUGUAGGGCUAGAGUUACCAGUCUGCUAGGAAUAGGGGCCAGGACAAGCUGACUCUCUGAACAAAAGAGGGAGGGCUUGGUUUUCUUUUGGGAUGCAACUGUUCUGCAGGACUGAAAGAGAAAUCCAGCCCUUCUCACAAAUAUUUGCUCUAGUGUGAGCCUUUAAGUUUCAGGGGAAGGCGAUCAUGGGAUCAGACUAAUACUAUGAUGCUUCCUCUCUUGCAUUUUGUGCUGCCUGUAUCUCUUGUAGCAGGUUGGACUGCUCUGGUUCAGCAUGGGGAUGGAGCCAGCCUAAAUUCAGUUUAAGGGCUUAACAAAAGACAGGCCCAGGGGUUUCGGCAUAUGAGGGCAGCCAAGCUUCUUCCUAACCAGUGCAGACUGGGAUUGCUGCUUCACUGAAGAACACUGAGCAUUGACUCAUUUGUUUUAUCGAUGCAAAAUGUGUGAGCGUGUAUCAGGCAGCCAGCGUGACAGAAGUGAAUCUGCCUGGCUAACGCAAGCGGUGAAAAACAAUGUCAUGAAAUAUUUAGGGGCCAGGGAAAAUGAGGGUGGAGGUGUUGUUUUUGCAGACUUUUUAAACAGGGACAACUGAUCCAACACAAGCACUUCUUUUACUUUACCAAGCUGUUACCUGAACUAAUUGAUAGGUUCGCAGUUGAAAGAGGAAUGCCAGAUGGACUUUUUAGUCUGGAUUUGUUUGGGUAGCAGAUGGCAGCUGCAGGCUGGGACAGCGAGUGAGGAAGAAGGCUGCCCUCCGCCAUGCAGCCUCCCCCGCCGGGCUGGAAACCCGCUCGGCUACCUUUCUCUUCUUUGGCACUUUUUUCAAGAAAAAAGAUUUGAGCAGGAGCUGUAUUUCAAAGGGAAAACUAGAGAAGAAGGACCAAUGAAAGAUGUUGUGGAUUUUGAAUGAAAAGCCAACGGAUAAAUUUUCCAUCUGAAAUUAAUCUUGUCUCUCUCAACUGUUUUAGUUGUGAAUCAGUGGAAGUUCUUUCUGGAGUGAAUGGAAAAAAAAAAAAAGUAGAGAAAAAAAAAAUUUUUUUUUUUUCCUUUCUUGUUUAUUUCUUGAUUCUUCAGUCCUGUGUAGCAUUAAAAACAACAGCAAGAUGAAGAUGCUUGUUUGCUCUGAAUGUAUACAGUUAUUUCAGAUGUCAAAUAUCUCAGUGUUUUGUAUGUGUGCAUAAUACCAUCCUUCUUGUUUCAUGUUGGGAACCUGAAAUGACUGUACCAUUUUAUAAUUAGAAAUGUAAAGAGGGGACAGCGGGUGGGAGGGUCUGUUAUUUUUAUAGCAAGAUGUUCCUUGUAUUUAGUGAACAUUUAAAAUGGUUUUGUACUUGUCAAAAUAUACAUUCCAUCCAUUUCCAGAAGAGAAUUAUUUUUAUUUAGAGUAGUUUAUAAGCAAACCAAAAAAAAACCCAAAAAAACAAACCAACCAGUGGCGUCCCAUUUGUACAUGGUUCAUGAACAGAGCAGAAGUAUCCUGUUUUUCAGUGAUGGCUCCACAGGUUUUUCCAGCCGUGUCUCUUCUCACACGCUGCGGAGCCAUACCAGCAAAUGCCAAUGUUAAAAAGGGAAGAAAAAUCACAAAUGAAAUAAAUACCAUAUGGAUCAGUGGACAGCUUAGCGAAAUAAUUUCCAGUUGGGAGACGAUGGUCUGUCCCAGUGAAAUUCUCCAAGGUAAUCAGCCCUGCUCUGGACUGCAGGUGCAGAUUCACUGGGAGACCUUCAGCCCUGUCUCUUGCUCUGCCCCUGCCCGGGAGGGCUGCCAGCCGCCCCCCCCCCCCGCAAACUGGGGGUGACAGGGUUGUCACUCUCAGGUGCUGCAGCUCCCUCAGGGUGGGAGCCCAUUUAUGACUGAUGGUGUUUUGCUGGUAAGGCAGUCGAUUUCUGCAGGUGACCAGUUGUGUUUCUUUUGACUGUGGAAACAAUCCUUCAUCGCCACAUUAAAAAAAAAA